AUGGUUAGUUAUCGAUCGGUCGAUCUACCAGAAGCAAGAGAUCCGAGUGGCAAAUUUGUACGAACUAUUUUCAAAGGUGCACAUCUCAUUGAGCAGACAGAUAACGAAGAUGGUUUUCGUUAUACAUAUUUACAAUAUGCCGAUCCUGGUGGUCUUAUACCGAAGAUAUUCGCUAAUCGACCUCAAUGUGAUAUUAUUCUUAAAGAAAUUGAAGGUAUUCGACGUGCUAUGAAAAAUCCAAUAACCUUCUAA